AAUAAUUUUUGUCAUAAUUUUUUGCAGUACUCGUCUUCGAAUAAUCUAGACUGUGUGAAUGAUUCUGUAGAGACUGCCUUCCCUGUCAACGAAUUCAAAUUCCUUCGACUGCUCCUACUCAACAUGCUCACACAUGUUGUGAUAUACUGAUCUUCCAUUCCGUACUUUCCUCUGACAUCGGACGGUGCCAUUAUGUUGCUAUUAAGGACCAAAUAUGACUGAAUCUGGCGACUGAUUUACCGGUCCAAUGGUGAUUGUCGCGGUAGCACUCGUACGCUCUUCGUCGAUUGACUACUGAUUUCUUAAUCUGUCUUAUUGGAAUUCGCCAAUUUGGUAGUAGUCGUUGAUGGUGGCCCUCGAUUCUUAACCUUGUUAAAUUCUCGCUCAAACAUGGACAAGGAAAAGAGCAAGCCUCCACUCAGACAUCCCAGAACCACCAUGUGAAUUCUCGCGACAUCCGCCACAAAACCACAGAUAGUCAGCACCAACAAUAUGCUGAUUACGACGCGAACAAACGGGAUCAGCAUAACCCCACCACCAGGAGCCAUGAUUUCUUGGAUUAGCGACAUUUUGCGAUAAAGGUCUUUGCUUGGCUUGGUUCCUGAAUAUGCAGAUAAUAUACGUUCAGAUGCUUCAAACUAUUCAACAGUUAUGGUUGUGGGAAUGGAUAGCUUUGCUCUGUGCUCGGUGUCGUACAGUCCGUAUGUUACUCUGCACGUAUGCUGUAUCGAUAUGUUGUUGGAUGGAAAACAUGCUUUUCAAAAUUGAAAAAUUGGAGUUGAAAUUGGAAAUAACUUUUUCAAAGAAGCGCGAGCGUGCAGUUGCAUAAAAAUGCGCAGGCAUGUACCGGUACCGGUACUCAUUACUAUCGGUGGCGUUCGUAUCGUGCGACUUCCCUUUGUUCCAGCUCCAUAGUACUUAAAUAGUGUCACAGACUCCACCAUACAGGGGGAAUCCACUGGUAAAGUACGUACGAGCCGUGCACUGGGAUAUUGCUUCUGGAGCGAUACUAAUUGAAAGAAACGAGACGUAAGGAGGAAAACCAAGGGCACGAUAAGUUAAAUGAGACCAUUGCACCAAACAAGGACAACUGGAAGUUUGAAUCGGAUGCCUCAGUAAGUGUUUCGACAAAAGGAACUAUGAAUGCUGUAAAGUCUAAAAAGACUAUGGGGGAAAACGAACAACCAGAAUCAAAUGGAGCCACAACAAUCAAAGAAUGCAAGGAUGAGAAAGAUCCGACAAUAUCGGACACGAAGAGACGAAAGAAAUUCAAAUGCCUUGCUAGGGUCCUUCUUUUUCUACCAUACAUAGUAGGGCUAUUUUGGACAUGCCUCCAUCCGAUUGUUUCUGUCAUAACUGGUGAAAUGAAGUGUCGUGGCUGGUAUCUCGACGAACAUAGCAUUGAAACAAGAUUCAUCGAUAAUCUAGAACCCCAUAUUCUUCCGCCCCACCUGGAAAAUCUUGAGGUUUCGCCGGUGCGACAACCGAAAUACAACGGGAUCCAUUCCCUAUGUGAUUUCUUUCCGAUGGAGGGCGAUCCUGGUUUCAAUCCGAGCAAUUUGAUCUGUCAUUCGCACGGAGAUUAUUUCGAGGUAGCCAUGAUCAUGCCCCUCUCCAACGCCAUCGAUGCCACUGAAGAAGCCGUUGUGAUGGUCAUUCCGAGUCCCGAGGAAACGAACGAACCAUCAGACACAGAGGAAGCAAAAACAUCAAUUGACUGGAGUUCAAGCAUCUUUCACCAAGGAAUGAUCCAAACAAUCAAGCACCUUGCAGACCCGGGGAAUACACCAUGGCUAGCCAAGGCAGUUCUGGUAGUCACGCCGACGUUGAGCAGUGAUGGAACUGCCCAAAAAUCUCUGGAUGAGACUGUUUCGUCUUUCAUAAGCGCUUAUUUGGGUGAAGAUAGUCCAAGGUUCGACUACCAGUCAUCUCGACAACCACAAAAUCAUGAAAAAGUUCCGCCGAUGCCCACAAAGCUUUCGGGAUCGAUUUUGAGGAACCUAAUCGUCUUGCAGGCAAUGCAUAAUGCCGAGGUAGACCGUACCGGUAGGCAUAUCUCGAAAUCGGAGCUAGAUCUAAGUAUUUCGCCACAGGGUCGCCGAGGGGUGUUACCGAAUGCGGAUUUGUUUUUCUUGGUCUCGAGACUCAUGGAAAGGACUAUGUUCUUCCGACAAUCCCCCUAUCAAAAAUAUUUUACACAUCCCUGUACACAAGAAUCGAGAAAUGCAGAUUUCUGGAUGACCCAAUGGAUUAAGAAGUUGCAGCACAGAUACAGACGGAAAGCAGAGGCAGUCAAGGAAUGGGCUAUGGGGAUGGUCGAUACUUUUCUUUUUGCCAGAACGUUGGCGGUGGGUCCGUUCCCACCCCACGCCGCUGCUUUGGAGAGGGGGAUCGAUUCUUUGACCGUUCAUGCGACCUUUGGGGGCAUCUACCGCCGCGAUCCCGUCCUGGAGUUCGUUCAGUAUUCAGAAUACAUAGUGCGGUCGUUGGCUAAUCUGCACGAAAGACUCCAUCACUCGUUUACACUGUACUUGCUGCCUACACCCAAGACCUUUGUUUCGCACAUUGAAUAUCUUCUGCCGAAUCUUCUGGUGCUGCUACCUCUAGCUGUAAGAGUAUUUGGAAUUCUUCUACCAGCAAUGAAAGGGGGCUUAGACUUGACGGCUGUGUUAGGGGUGCUGCUCAUCUUAUCGAUUGUUGUGGUUGCAAUGCUUCUGGCUGAUGUCGCGCUCAACGCUAUUGGUAACGAAGGCGCCAUGACUGGAAUUCUGGCAGUGCUGUAUACAGGAGUUGCUUAUUUCUGGAUCCAUAACAUACUUUUCCGUGAACGUGACCAAGAUCAAUCCGACAACCAUGAAAUGCUAAACGAACAAGACGAAGGACUAAAGGACGCCAGCCCCAGCUCGACGCGAACUGUUCGGACGCUUCAAUUUGUCGCGUGCGCUAUGGCUGUUUACAUUCUUGUCCCGAUUGCUUUUGCAAAUGCUUCUCUCGCCUAUCUUCCAUCGGUACUAUGGUCUGCCAUACUCGCCUUUCCGGACUAUGCGUCCAUGAAGAAAAGCGUCAUCGGCCGAACUAGCUUCCAGAAGCAUGUCGUUAUUCCAGUGCUGGGUCUGCUGGUGUUUGCAACGGCACCACCUGUGCUUUUGGUCCCACGUCUUUUUCCCACAUACACUGUGUUUGUGAAAUUCGCCUACGUGCCGAUUCAUGUGCUCUUCUCUCUGUUGAUGACAAGUGUCCUCGUUUCUCGAUAACGAUUUGUCUAGUAAAAUAAGGUCAACAAAUGGAUCGAUAUUUCUCUGUCCCAUUUUUACGUAAAUUUGGUUACUAGUAGUAGUUUUUUUGUAGCUCGUGUCAGGGCCCUCCCUCCGGAACCCAAGCGCAUUCUCAAAUCGUGGGUUGUGCUUCUGAUAAGACAACCAACAUUUGUGGUGACAACUCAUAUGUUUUAUAAUAACCCAUAAAUUACCAA